AUGACACAAUUCUCAGCUUCUCCUAUCCUUCUUUUCAUAAAUUUAAUCUCGAACUUAUUUAAUGUUGGAGCAGUGAAAUGUUACGACAACGAUAACCCUUAUUCCAAAUCUGAAACUUGCGAAGGAGAUUUUUGUGUAAUUAUCAGAGAACAGGACAGUCAUACAGUUGAAAUAACACAGGCGUGUGUCACGGGAAUAAAAAUGCCAUCUGUUAAUUGUGAACUAGAUUAUGAAGAUACACUUCAUUGUUAUUGCAACACGGAUUUCUGUAAUGCUCCUAAUUUAUUUCGUUCAAAUCAUACGGUUCUACCAAUCAUUGAAUGCAAGGAAGUAUACGAAAAGAACUACAAGGCGACGGCGUGUAACAAGUGUACCUGGAGAGUAGAUCAUCUGAAAUAUGAUCACAGUUUGGAUCCAACACUUCUCACAUCUGAAAAAGUGAAUUGCGGUGGAAGUGGAGAAUCUGGAAGCGUGAACCUUGAUUUGAAAAUCCAUAUUUAUGAUAGAAUCUGCCGGAACUUUUUUGCGGAUGCAUGUUACAAUGUGACAAUGAAUCCAGAACAAUAUACAUUGUAUUGUAGAUGUACAACAGCAAACUGUAAUAAUCCAGAACUUUCUCUUCCAUUCCCAUUGUCUCCACCAAGAAUAUCAUGUUAUACUAGUGGUUUUGAUGCAGAUAUCAAUAAUGCAAAGUAUGAAACUUCUAAAGUAAACUAUUGGGAUAAUUACAACAACAUGACAAGUUUUGAAAAUUAUUAUGACGAAGGAAUUCAAUGCGGUGGUCAUUUUUGUUUCAUUGUUCCUGAUAAAAUAGGUGAUCGAAUGAAGUAUUACAAGGGAUGUAUCACUGCAAAUGAGCAAGGAGAACAUAAAAUUCAGUUGGGAUAUAUAAUUUGUGAUGGGGAUUUCUGUGUAAUCUCAAGAGGAGGAGAGUAUGCAAUGCAUUGGACCACCCAAACCUGCGUGACGGGGGCAAAAAUCCCAUCACACACGUGUGCAUUAGACUAUGACGAUGCGAUACAUUGUUAUUGCCAGACGGAUUACUGUAAUGCUCCCAAUAUGUUUCGUAUGAAUAUAACUGUUCUACCAGUGAUAGAAUGCAAAGAAGUGCUACAAAAGGAAUAUAGGGCAGCAGCAUGCAACAAAUGCUCGUGGAAGGUGGAAUACAUAGCUUACGAUAGAACUGCAACAACUAUAACUCCAUGGGAAGAUGUUCUAUGUGGAAACAGUGGCGAAUCAGCACCUUUCAAUCUUGAUUUAACAGUACAAAUUUACGAUAGAAUUGGGAAAAACUUUUUUGUGGAUGCAUGUUAUAAUGUGUCUAUGAACCCGCAACAAUACGUGCAAUAUUGCAGAUGUACAACAGCAAACUGCAAUAAUCCAGAACUUCCUCUUCCCUUCCCAUUGUCUUCACCAAGAAUUUCUUGUUAUACGAGUGGACAUGAUGCAAAUAUCAAUAGUGCAAAGUAUGAAACACUGGAAAGGAGUGCGAUGGAAGUCUACGAUCAGUUGACUAGUAAUGAAAGUUAUUAUGACGAAGGAAUUUUACACGAUGAUAAUGGUCGAGGUUAUGUUUCAAUGGCCCAAGAAGCUGAAAAUGUGUAUUGGAGAUGCGGGUUAUUAGGAGUGGAAAAAGGACAUCUUGGAGUUCACCUGAUGUGCAAUUCAGAAGAUCGUUCCAACUUCUGGAGAAUUGAUUUUGAAUAUGAAGCCUGUAUUGUUCUUAAUGGCAAAGAACAUCAUGAGAAAACUGGAACACAUCAUCAUAUCGCUCGGAAGUAUUUGGCUCUACGAUUUCCUUUGGAUUUCUGCAGAAAAGCAGCAACUAAAGAAAAAGGAAUGUAUAUCAAAUUUUCGAUUAAUGUAGUUAAUAAAGUUGGUAUCCGACCAAAAAGAAUCCACGACUUCACGGUUCCAGAAGAGAAUCUCACAAACUUCAUUUUGGUGGUUGAAGGAAAGAAAAUUUAUUGUAGCAAACAGAUUUUGGCGAUGAAUUCUGAAGUUUUGAUGCAGUUCUUGUACCCAAACGGCAAUAAAGAAGUACGAGAAGUCGAACUGCCUGAGAACUUUGAAUACAAAAAACUGCUCACUCUCAUCAAAAUAUUCUAUAACGACAGUGAUGCACUCAAUCCGUCAAAUAUCUCUGAAGCUUUGGAGGUGGCUACGAAUAUGAAAUCAGAGAGUGCAAGACAAAGGUGCGAGAGAUGGAUCAGCAGGACCCAGUUGAUGGCAGCAAAGAAGAAAAUGCAUCUUGCGGAGAAGUUUUCAUUGGUGGAUUUACAAAACGAAUGUAUAGCCAUGCUGAAAACUUCUCAACAAGUACAACGUCUAUUCCAGAAUCCUCAUGACUUCACAGACGAAGAAAUUGUUGAAUUAAUGGACAGAGUGACUUUAUCAAUUGUUGGACAUUCCUAUGAAGGUCUCGGAAAAUGA